GCCAGAUAAAAAUGAAGGUUGAGCUAGUUAGGCCUUGUGCCUUCUUUGACGUUUCCGUAGGCGACAGAAACUGUGGGAGAAUUGUGGUGGAGCUCUAUGACGAUCUUGCACCCAAAACGGUCAAGAAUUUCUUAGAAUUGUGUCUGACUGAUAUCAAAGAAAGAAGCCUUACGGGGAACUAUUUCCAUCGUGUUAUUAAGAAUUUCGUGAUACAAGCUGGUGAUCUUACAUAUGCGAAGGACCUUGAUAAAUAUCCCGAUCCAAACGUAGGUAAAGGAGGGAUUUCCAUCUAUAACAAUGAGGCUUUUGAAGAUGAAAACUUAUCUGAAGCAUUAGAUGGACCAUUCAAGUUAUGUAUGGCCAAUAGUGGUCCGAAUACCAAUAAGUCCCAAUUUUUUAUCACCACUUACCCACAGCCACAUCUUAAUGGUAAGCAUACAGUGUUUGGUAGAGUGAUUCACGGGAAAUCAGUGGUGAGAGAAAUUGAGAAUGUUAAUACUGACAGUGAAAAUGUUCCUAAACUUUCUGAAAGGGUGAUUAUUUAUAACUCUGGUAUUUGGAAUGAAGGAGAUGAAGUUCCGAUAUAUAAUGCCAGUUAUGAUCCUAUAGGGGGUGAUAUUUUCGAAGAAUACCCUGAUGACGAUGUACAUAUAGAUAAGGAAUCUUCUGAAUCGGUUUAUCAUGCAUCUUCCAAAAUCAAAGAAAGUGGUGGAUUGCUUUUCAAAAAAGGAGAAAAACAACAAGCUUUUCUUAAAUAUAAAAAAUGUUUAAGAUAUGUGAUGGAAUAUUUCCCAGAUCAAGAUCAAGAACCGGAUUGGUUUGCUAAGUAUGAAGAUUUGAAGAAAAAAUUAUAUUUGAAUUUAUCUUUAGUUUGCUUACAAUUGAAAAAUUUCAGAAAAUGUAUUGAUUAUUCAAGUUAUUUAAUUGAUAUGAAAUCAAAAUUGAAUCCUCAAGAAUUAGCAAAAGCACAUUAUAGACAUGGUUGUGGAUUAGUAAAUACUAAAAAAUAUAAAGAGGGUCUCAAAGAAUUAGCAAUGGCUAAAGAAUUGAUUCCCGAUGAUGCAGUUAUCGCAAGAGAAUAUGAGAAUUGUGAAAGACUAAUAGAACAACAGAAAAAGGAAGAAAGAUCUAAAUACGCUAAAUUCUUCUCAUAA